AAACUUUUUUUUUUUUUUUUUGGUUUUCCCCCUUUUUUUUACCUUCCAUUUUCCCCUAUUCGAUCUCUAUCUUCUUCUAUCCUCUUUCUUUGUAUUUUUCAUCAGAGAACAAGAAAGGAAACAAGGAAGAGUGUGGAAAGAUAGAAACUUGGAGGAGCAAAGCAAACAAAGUUACUGUUUUGAUUUGAUGGAUCUAUAGAUCUAAUCCUUUUGUACCCACAUGUAUUGCUCUGUUUCUUUUAGAUCUCCAUCGCUUUCUUUCGGUGUGAUUCAGUAGCUCAUCAGAAACUGUUAAAGCGGCCUAAUUUUACUGGUUUUCUUCAAAAUUGUAUCUUUUUCAUUAAUUAUAUUAGUUUAUGGGAACUUAUUGUUCAAUGAAAUUUGGGCAUUUAUUUUAACUGAUUUGUUGUUAUGCUGAACUGUUGAAUGUAGAGGUAAAUUUGACUCUUUUUUUUUUUCUUUUUUCUUUUUUCUUUUUUCUUUUUUCAUUUACUUAAAUUGGCAGGAUAAAUGUUUAUGUGCUUGUUUAUCACUUUUGGGACAUAGAUGGAUAUGGGUUUUAGAUUUUUCAGAGGAUACAGUUAAAUUUGAAUCUAGGAUUUGUUUCUGGUAGCUUUUUAUCUCUGUUUCAACUUGCAAUCCAGUGUCAUAAUCAGUCACGGAUGUUGUUGGUUUUUAUUUUUUUGGUUAGUGUAUUGUGUAUGUGUUUUCUUUGGUGUGCAGGGUGAGGACUCUUAUUGGGAUUUAUAGGGCUGGUAUUUUGCAUCAAAUUUGGGAUGUUGCGGAGGAAUUGGAGGCUGGCUCGGGUGAGAUGAGGGAUGUUAUCAAGGCUUAUAAAUUUUAUGAGGGCCUGCUGGGGGCCGUCGUCCUCUGACAGAUAUGUCCAUAAGGGUUCAGAUGCAGCAGGCAGGCAAGAUGGGCUCCUCUGGUACAAAGACAAUGGGCAGCACAUCAAUGGUGAUUUCUCCAUGGCUGUUGUGCAAGCAAACAAUUUGCUUGAGGAUCAGAGUCAGAUUGAGUCCGGGCCUUUGAGCACUCUGGAGUCUGGUCCUUAUGGUACUUUUGUAGGCGUAUAUGAUGGUCAUGGUGGCCCUGAGACAUCACGUUACAUCAAUGAUAAUCUGUUCCAGCAUCUAAAGAGGUUUACCACGGAGCAACAAUCAAUGUCCGUGGAUGUCAUACGGAAAGCAUAUCAAGCAACAGAAGAAGGUUUUUUCUCUAUCGUUACAAAACAGUGGCCUAUGAAACCCCAGAUUGCAGCUGUUGGAUCCUGCUGCCUUGUAGGUGUGAUAUGUGGUGGAUCGCUUUACAUUGCCAAUGUUGGUGAUUCUCGUGCUGUGCUAGGGAGGCUUGUCAAGGCAACUGGAGAGGUUCUUGCCAUCCAGUUGUCAUCAGAGCAUAAUGUGAGCAUAGAGUCAGUCAGACAGGAGAUGCAUUCUUUGCAUCCUGAUGAUUCACAGAUUGUAGUGUUAAAACAUAACGUUUGGCGUGUAAAGGGCCUGAUUCAGGUCUCUAGAUCUAUUGGUGAUAUUUAUCUUAAAAAGGCAGAAUUCAAUAGGGAGCCUCUUUAUGCUAAGUUCCGGCUUCGUGAACCUUUUAAAAGGCCAAUUUUAAGCUCCGAACCAUCAAUAUCUGUUCAUGAACUGCAACCUCAUGAUCAGUUUCUCAUCUUUGCUUCUGAUGGUUUAUGGGAGCAUCUCAGCAAUCAGGAUGCAGUUGAUGUAGUUCAAAAUAAUCCACGCAAUGGAAUUGCAAGGAGGCUGGUGAAAACUGCCUUGCAGGAAGCUGCAAAAAAGAGAGAAAUGAGAUACUCAGAUUUGAAAAAGAUUGACCGCGGUGUCCGCCGUCAUUUCCACGAUGACAUUACAGUCGUAGUUGUAUUCCUCGAUUCAAAUCUAGUAAGCAGAGCCAGCUCGGUAAAAGGCCCGUCAAUAUCUGUGAGAGGGGGUGGAGUUAACCUCCCUGCAAAAACUCUAGCUCCCUGCGUGUAAAACCCAAAUAUUAGUCGAUGGAGCUGGUGCUUCAUGCUGUCGAACCUAGUGCAGAUCCCUUCCCUGAACUUGUGAUAUACUAUCAGCUCAUACAUAAGAGACACAGUAGAAGGUGCAGUAUUUUAAUUUAUUUUUUAUUUUUUUUCUAAUGUACAAUGUAACAACACUUCAACUUGAGACAUGUAUUUGUUUAGUAUUUAAUCCUUUUGAACAGAUAAAUGGGAAGAAUCAGGGAAAUUAAGGCUACAAAGAUGA